AAACUGUUAUCUCUUUCAGUAAAUUAAAAAUCGCAACGCGUUUAGUUUAUCAGACAAUCGAUUUUAUAUAGAAUAACCAUAUAAAAAUGUGUAGCGUAGUCGGUAUUUUUAAAUUGCUCUAACAUUACUUCCGGCGAUGUACUUCGGCGUUGAUUUUGGUCUUACUGAAACUGGCUUGAAACGAGAAUGAACAUAGACACCGAGCUAAUGUUUGAGUGCUUGAUCCACCUCAACAUGUUUUACUACCCGGUAUUUGCCACCUGUGAAUCCAUAAUGACGGCUGCCAAAUACAACAGCAUCAUAAACACACCGGAUAUUUUGCGGGAUGGUGCGGUUGUGUUUACCAAGCUGAUUGCGGAACUGGUGAAGAUUUUGUUGUUCAGAAGAUUCAAAGAAGAAAGGCGAAAACUGAUUACGGCCGCCACCCUCCUUCUGACUUUCGUGACAAUAGCAGCGUUAUUCUACUCCUUUUUUAUACAGUACCCUGUAUUAAAGCUGGAAAUGAUUUUAAAUUCAUUGACUACUUUGUUGGCCUUUGCUGAAAUAUUAUUCGGCAUCUUAGAUAUAUUGCCAUGCUGCUUAAAACGACAUUAUUACUAGAUGGAAAUUAUAGAAUAUAUAUUGUCAAUUUAUAUUUUGUAUUUUAUAAUUUUAAUAAAUUUUAUUU